AAAAGUUAAGAUACACUUCCUCUUCCUACAUAUAAUCUAAAAAGAAAUGGAGACCCUCGUGUGUUUUAAUAUUGUCAUUCUACAAACUCUUCUCCAUCAAACAGUUCUCAGCACUGAGGCGACGGUGUCCAGCUUGUUUGUGGAGAAGGGACAGAAAGUCCAAUUAGAUGUCCCUGGAUAUGCUGAAUGUAAAGAGAAGAUUGACUCAAAUGCUGUCUUUUUCUGGAAGUUUAACCCAGUAGGAAAUGUUGUAAGAUAUACUAAAUAUGAGAAAGUGGUAUUUCCUAAGUAUAAAGGCCGGGUUAACUUUAGUGAGGGGAAUCUUUCUCUGCUACUGGAAAACGUACAGGAAGGAGACAUUGGAAGUUACACUGCAGUACUGCUUGGUGACAGAUCCACAACAGUUGCAGCAUAUCGGAUAUCAGUUCAAGUGAGAGUUGAGCCACCAGUCCUGAAAGUGGACUCCUCUACUAAUGGUAUAUGUAAUGUGACUAUGACCUGCAGAGGUCAGAACACCACGGUCACCUCCAUCUGUAACAGAAGCACCUGUUCUCAGGUGGGAAGAAGGAGUAGUGGGGCUGAGACCUCCACUGUCUCCCUGCUCUCUGUCUAUGUGGCAGGGGAUAGCAUCAUCUGUAACCACAGCAACCAAGUCAGCUGGGCUAACGACAACAAGAAUAUAGAAUCAAUUUGUGUUUCUGGAGCAGAGGGGACAAAAGGCCAAUAUCUUCCCUUAAUUUUCAUCAUCAUGGUAGUACCCAUCCUGAUAUAUUUCAUGUGGAGAAAGGGAUAUUGUAAACACAGAUUAUGCUUCAGUUAAGGUCACAGGUGUGUGAUGAAGUAGAUCAAGUACAUCAAUACCUAAAACCAGAAAAGGAAUCAGGCAAGCCUAGUUCAGCCGGCCCAUGAUUAGAAGAGAUGAAUGUUGUUGGCAAAAGGACAUAUAUUUCUUCUGUAUUAAAUGCAAGUGUCUGAAUAAGAAAAGGAAUGAAAGGUAUAAAGAAACAAUGGAGAAAUAUGUACAUUUAAAAACAAAAUAGAACAAAACUGAAUCAGAUGAAAAUAUAAUAAUGAAAGCAUUCAAACAUCAAUCUGUAUUCCGGAAAUGAUGUAAACAAUUUGAAUGGUACACCAAACAGCACCUCCCUUGUUUCCAAAUUUGAAGAAAGGAUGGAAAAAACAACCCUUAAAGUUGGAACAGAUUCAAAUGGUGGAAAACAAGAAAGGAGAUGCAGACAUUAGAAUUAAUGUUAAAUAACUUUUAAAUUAUAUGUACAAAGACAUGUACAAAGACAGAUAUUUUUUUCCAGAAGGCUGCAAUGAGAAUAUAUGUUCAGAAUAUUUGAUAGGUGAGGUCACCAAGGGUAUGUAAACUCAUGAUCACUGCCGUUUGGGAAAUGUCUGUUACCAUUAUGAUUUAAAUAGGAGCCGAAAACUCUGUGAUAAUAAAUGCUUUGUAUGAUCACUAUCCUUGAAUAAAAGACAUGAUCAGUCAUAUUUUCUAAAUCAAUGCCAAAUAUUCACUAUUUCUGCCAGGGUAUGCAAACUUAUGAGCACGACUGUACCUGAAGUUAAUAAGGCCAUAUUGAUUGAAUAUGGGCAAUUCACAGGGUUUAGAUGAUUUACCAGCAGAAUUUUACCAAUUAGGCAUUAAAGAAGUUUCUGAAAUGUUGACUGACGUGUAUAAUCAAGUAUCUUUUUACCAGGGUGUCAUGACACUUACAUAUAAAA